AUGGCUGACGAUUUUGACAACCCGCGCGAUAUCGAGCUCAGCUCCCUCUACGCUAUAUAUCCUGAGAUACAGCAGCUGCGCCCGGACGAUGCUUACACCGUCACCCUCGACAUUCCCGUUACCCCAUCCAAGCCCGUGACUGUCUUCUUCCCCGCCGCCGCCCCCGACGAUGCGUUGCCCCUGGGCGCCAACGGCGGCCCAGCUGGUGUCGCCGCGGCGGGCGCAACUGAGCCGAACCACGUGGAUUCUCACGAGGUAGCGCAUCUGCCCUCGAUACGCCUCGAGAUAACCUUUGGACACCGAUACCCGGCAGAGCAACCGCCGCAAAUCGCUAUCUCAACCAACCCGCCGUGGCUCCCCGCCGAGACGGUCGAGCAGCUGGAAAAUGACGGGCCCCGAUUAUGGGAGGAAAUGGGCCGAGAUAUGGUUGGCUUUACAUACAUCGACCACGUGCAGCAGGCCGCCGAGAACGUGUUUGGUCUCGUUGAUGAGAAGGGCACCUUGGAGGUCGACCCGCGGCACAAGAUCGCCAUUUUGGAUUAUGAUAUCAAGGCGAGAAAGGCAGCAUUCGAGAAGGAGACUUUCAACUGCGGGGUCUGCCUCGAUCCCAAGAAGGGCUCGCUCUGCCACCGGAUGCUCGACUGCGGGCACGUUUUUUGUGUCGAGUGUCUGCAAGAUUUUUACAACAACGCCAUCAAGGAAGGAGACCUUGCGGCCGUCAGAUGUCUUGCGCCGAAUUGCGCAAAAGAGCGCUCAAAAGCGAUGUCCGCAUCAGGGAAGAAACGCAAGAAGCCCAGGACCUUCAUCAGCCCCAGCGAGCUGUUACAGAUCCCCUUAGAUCAGGAGACGGUUAAACGUUACGUGACGCUAAAAUACAAGACCGAGCUCGAGUCGGACAAAAACACCGUGUACUGCCCACGACCCUGGUGCCAUGGUGCCGCAAGGUCUAAGAAGCACAAGAAACCUCAGGGGCUCGACUUAGCCGAAGCCUCUGAUGAGUCGGGCUUAGAGGAGGAAGACGAUGAGGAUCACGCCGCGAGCGAGGGCAAGUCCGAAACGUACAAGCCGGCCGCUGAGCGUUUGGCCAUCUGCGAGGAGUGCAGCUUUGCUUUCUGCAGCCGCUGCUACCAGUCAUGGCAUGGCGAAUUCGUCCGCUGCACGCCGCGCCGCGACAAGGAGGAGCUCACCGCUGAGGAGCAGGCAUCGCUCGAGUACAUGAAGCUACACACUACACCGUGCCCUACCUGCGAGGCGCCUGCUCAGAAGUCGCAUGGUUGUAACCAUAUGAUUUGCUACCGGUGCCAGACUCAUUUUUGCUAUCUUUGCUCUGCUUGGCUGGACCCUGGUAAUCCAUAUCAGCAUUUCAACGAGAUGCCUAACGGGCGCGUCACUGGAUGUUACAUGCGAUUGUGGGAGUUAGAGAUGGGGGAUGGCGACGACGUCGGUUAUGAUUUCGCUGGCGGCCCGGGUGCGCCAGCAAGGGAAGUUGUCCCUGCGGCAGCGGUCGUCGACGUGCCCAUUGAGGACAUUAUCCAUGAGUUGGAGGAUUUUGGAGAGGAAGAAGUUCAGCCUGCUGCACCACAGCAGCAGGACCCGGUGCUGCGAAUCAACCGGCCGGGCCAGGCCGUGGAGGACAUGGGGCUAGAGAAGCCGCGCAUCAACCUGCUGUGGCGCCAGCAGCUCCUCCUAAUCGAGGAGGAGCGAGACCAGGACGAAAUCAGCCCAUGGCAAGAGGUGGAGGAGUACAGAGAGGGAACGGACGUCAAGGUCCAGUAG